AUGUUAGAAGAGUAUUUACUGAUGUGGUCAACUGAUUUAUCAGACAAUAUCAGUAUGCGUACAAAAGAAAUCUUAUCAUCAUCAUCAUCAUCAUCAUCAUCAUCAUCAUCAUCAUCAUCAUCAUCAUCAUCAUCAUCAUCAUCAUCAUCAUCAUCAUCAUCAUCAUCAUCAUCAUCAUCAUCAUCAUCAUCAUCAUCAUCAUCAUCAUCAUCAUCAUCAUCAUCAUCAUCAUCAUCAUCAUCAUCAUCAUCAUCAUCAUCAUCAUCAUCAUCAUCAUCAUCAUCAUCAUCAUCAUCAUCAUCAUCAUCAUCAUCAUCAUCAUCAUCAUCAUCAUCAUCAUCAUCAUCAUCAUCAUCAUCAUCAUCAUCAUCAUCAUCAUCAUCAUCAUCAUCAUCAUCAUCAUCAUCAUCAUCAUCAUCAUCAUCAUCAUCAUCAUCAUCAUCAUCAUCAUCAUCAUCAUCAUCAUCAUCAUCAUCAUCAUCAUCAUCAUCAUCAUCAUCAUCAUCAUCAUCAUCAUCAUCAUCAUCAUCAUCAUCAUCAUCAUCAUCAUCAUCAUCAUCAUCAUCAUCAUCAUCAUCAUCAUCAUCAUCAUCAUCAUCAUCAUCAUCAUCAUCAUCAUCAUCAUCAUCAUCAUCAUCAUCAUCAUCAUCAUCAUCAUCAUCAUCAUCAUCAUCAUCAUCAUCAUCAUCAUCAUCAUCAUCAUCAUCAUCAUCAUCAUCAUCAUCAUCAUCAUCAUCAUCAUCAUCAUCAUCAUCAUCAUCAUCAUCAUCAUCAUCAUCAUCAUCAUCAUCAUCAUCAUCAUCAUCAUCAUCAUCAUCAUCAUCAUCAUCAUCAUCAUCAUCAUCAUCAUCAUCAUCAUCAUCAUCAUCAUCAUCAUCAUCAUCAUCAUCAUCAUCAUCAUCAUCAUCAUCAUCAUCAUCAUCAUCAUCAUCAUCAUCAUCAUCAUCAUCAUCAUCAUCAUCAUCAUCAUCAUCAUCAUCAUCAUCAUCAUCAUCAUCAUCAUCAUCAUCAUCAUCAUCAUCAUCAUCAUCAUCAUCAUCAUCAUCAUCAUCAUCAUCAUCAUCAUCAUCAUCAUCAUCAUCAUCAUCAUCAUCAUCAUCAUCAUCAUCAUCAUCAUCAUCAUCAUCAUCAUCAUCAUCAUCAUCAUCAUCAUCAUCAUCAUCAUCAUCAUCAUCAUCAUCAUCAUCAUCAUCAUCAUCAUCAUCAUCAUCAUCAUCAUCAUCAUCAUCAAUUAAGAGACAUUCAGCACAUAAUAAAGACUAUACCAUUAUGAUAAACUAUGUUUAA